AUGCCAAAGAAACCUUUGGACGCGAAUAAACCCCGUGGACCGGUCACAGCCUACACGUUAUUCGUUCGAACGUGCCGUGAUGAACUACGUCGUAAAUAUCCCCAAUUAACAGUCGAUUACAAUGUUAUAUCCAAGAAAUGUUCGGAACGUUGGAAGCACAUGAAUGAUAAUGAAAAGAAACGUUUCAAUGAGACAGCAGAGCUACAACGUAAACGAUACAAAGAAGAAAUGGCGAUAUAUGUUCAACAGCAACAACAACAACAACAACAGCAAUCGGCAACAUCGUCGAUAUUACUUCAGACACCGGCAACACAGUAUCUUGUUGAACCACAACAACGGCAACAGCACACUUUAAUUAUUCCAAAUCAAACACAGCAUAUGACUACAACAACGCUUGUCAAUGUACCCAAAAAAGUAGCGAAGAAGCGGGAGCGAAAACCUAAAGAUCCUCUUGCACCAAAAAAGCCUUUAUCAGCUUAUUUUCUCUUCUGUGCUGAUGAACGACCUAAAGUCCUCGGUUCGCAAUCAGGUAUGUCUGUUAGUGAUGUUGCACGAGAGCUGGGCGUUCGCUGGAAAAAUACUCCGGCCGAAAUCAAGAAUAAAUAUGAACAAGCAGCAUCAGAAAAGAAGCAUGUCUAUCAAGCAGAAAUGGCAAUUUAUAAGCACCAAACAUCGAACGGCUCAUCGCCACCUGAAACUCCUCAAACGCCUUUGACACCUCAUGAUUACCAACCAGUUUAUACGUCAUCUUCUAUGCAACAGCACCCCCAAUUACAACAAUUAUUAAAACAACAACAAGUGUUUCAUCCGUAUAAUAGUGGUGAUACAUCUGAGAAUCCCAAUGAACAAGCAAAACAACAAUAUGUGAGAAUGCUGAGCGAUAAUUCGCAACCGGCAUACAGCACUCCUGCGUCGACAACAAUCACUGAUGGGAAUGAAACGAAGUUAUUGUUAACUCCAAUCAAAUUACGAUGUAUCCAAAGGAAACAAAAGAGCAAACGUCAUAUAUAUUUAACAUUUGUCGAUAAUUGUACGAUAUCCACAGCAAAUGAACAGCCAUGUAUUGAAAUUAUUGGCAAAACAGACUCGACGCCGAUUUUAUUAAGUGAAUGCAUAUCGUGUGAAUUCUUCGAUACGAUUAAAAAUGAUUUUGAAGCAUUUAUUUAUAUUUAUUAUGUACGCUUUACUGUCUCGAUCUAUUUCUCCGGCGAACAUAUCAGUAAGAAAGCAUUUAUCACGAAAUAUCUCGAAUCGAUUCAUCAGAAGAAGCCUGAAAGCACUAGAGAGCAAAUUCCGGGUCCGGAAUUAUCAUAUCAAUCGACCACGGAACAUAUUAUUCACACAUUUGACAUCGAACUAAUUCCAUAUGAUGUGAUCAUUACUCGCGAUCACGCUUUAAUUGGCCAUGCACGCCUGUAUUUCACUACGACAGAUCUGUAUAUUACAUCGGUCGAUUGUAAUCGAACAGAUUUGAAGAAAACCAUUAUGAACCAGUGUCCACCGAGAGAUCAAACAGUUCUUUGUAUUCCAUACUUCACGAUAAAACAUUAUGGAAAUCGUUCGAAUAUCUUUCUUAUUGAAUUGGGAAAAUCAACAUAUGGUAAUGGUGAAGUUCAUAUGAAAUGUCGUUCAUCUUCGCUAGCGAGCACGAUUCAUUUGUUAGUUAGUCCAGUGAUUGAAGAACGACCAUUGAUACUUUCAUCGGCCUUUCAAAAUCAAUUAUUAACUAAUAAACGGAUCGAAAAGUUAAAACAAAUCCAUCCACCGGUGCAACUUACGCAGGAGAAUGCUAAUCUAGCGAUGGGCAUUCCGCGAAAAGGUUCAGUAGAACCAGUAGUGGAAGCAAUCAAACCGCGCUCAGUUUCCGGUUUUUUCCGAAAGCUAAUCAAGAGUACCACAUCGUUCCGGCGAUCGCAGACAUUCAAUAGCAGUCAAAAUCAAUUAGAAGAACCAGUGAUACCUCUGUCAACAUUCUUAUCAACGAGAUGUUUGGAUUUUCAACUUGGAGACGAUCCACAGGAGACGACCGGAAAUCAAUUCGUCCGUUUGCAAUCUCAACCAGUUGUGAAUAGGUUGCAAUCGUCCAAUAAUACAAACCACGAAGUUUGUUCAUCGAUGGAUAAAGAGGAAAUGUCUGAAGGAACGUACCUUGACAUGGGCCCGCCAAGUCAAAGAGUCAAUGAAAACCAAGAAGUCGAAAAACAAGCCAGGAAUGAUGAAACAACUGUAAAGGUGGAUAUUGGAGUGAACACAAUCAUUAGCAUACCACCGGCUGUUCAUUCAGCUAUUAUUGUUGGAACAACAGUACAUUUGAUUGCUGAGGACCGAACUGGUUUUCCCAUUGGUCAACGUUCGUUUACGUCACCUGCAAGUGUCAUGCAACCAUUCAAAGCACAAUUAAGUGAACAGGCAAUGCUCAGUUGUUCUCCAAAUUCGACUAAUAUGAUUGCAUGUAUAUCGAAUAGCUCAAGUUCAUUUCAUCACCCCACAUCAACAAAUAAUUCUCAACAGUCGCUCUUACUUUCAUACGGAAUCGUCACUUUCGAUAAAGCAUCGCUGCCAAGCAAUGACACGGAAUGCGAUUCAACCAUCGAUCGUCGUCUCAACUCCAAUCUUAGCCUUCUGUCUACAAACAAUCAACAGCAACCAUCGAAUAUCUAUUCUUUUGAAAGUAUCCUUUCAACAUCAUCUUCAUCAAGUUCACAUAUAUUUCGAACACUCGGAGAGAAUGUAUCCGCUCAGAUUCCAACGCCCAGCGGCGGCAUUAUACUUCUCGAUGAAAAUUUUCAUGAUCAGACAACCAGUUAUCUGCUUGGCCCAGCACCGCCAUUGUUCAUACACGAAGAAACAUCCUUGUCACGUCUUUCAUCCAUCUCACGUUCACACUUAUCACAUAUCGUUGAAGAAAAUAUCACUUCAAACGACUCAUAUACAUCACUUGAACACAUAUCAAGUCUACCAACUAUUCUUCAUGAAUCUAGCUUGCCGAGUGAAAAAUCAACGGGUCUUAUCGAUAUGACUGCCCCUUCCAAUCCCAGUGAUAACCAACACUACGAAUUGGAGAAGGCCAAUGAUGUAUCCGAAGAAAAUACUGAACAAUCCCAACCGAAACUCUAUACAAAUAUUGAUUUUCACCAAAUACAACGCCGUGAUCCGGUUGGAAAAGUGAAAAUCGAUGAGCAAACAGCACCUUUCGUUUUAUAG